ACUCUGCAUUCUACUUCUUGGCUUUUUCGUACCACUCUGGUGCAGUGAUGCUGCACGUGGAUUUAAACGGAACUUCAGGAAUGAGCCAUUCGGUGUGAGCAAAAGUCUGAAAAAUGGGGGACUAUUUCCCUCGACUUUUAAUGUCGCGACGAAGGCCGACAUUUACGUCAACGCGACGUGUGGAGAGGAUGGACCUGAGACAUUCUGCAAGCCCUCGGAAUCGUCGAGGUGCGCCGUCUGCGAUGCCAGGAGUCCGGAUCCUGGGAAAAGGCAUAAUAUCAGUAAUGUUCUUAAUCCUGAUCCUGGAAAAUGGUGGCAGAGUCCGACAUUAGCCAGAGGAGAACGAUUCGAAUUCGUUGCAAUCGUCUUGGAUCUCAAACAGGUUUACCAAAUUGAGAACGUAAUUGUGAAGUCAGCGAAUUCACCGCGACCCGCGGCGUGGAUCCUGGAGAGGUCAGUCGACGGUGAAGAAUUUCGUCCGUGGCAGUAUCAUGCACCCAGCGACGAGGAGUGCUGGUCCAGGUACUCUGUUCCGCCUGUCACUAAGCCCAUUUACAUCGCCGAUGAUGAGGUCAUAUGUACCAGCAUAUAUUCACGUCAAACGCCCAUGGAAAAUGGCGAGAUUCAUAUACAACUGACGAGUGGUCGGCCGGGUGGUCAGAAUCACAGUGAAACACUCCAGGAGUUCACUCAAGCCAGAUAUGUACGGAUAAGCCUCCAGGGUUUGAGGAGAGGCGGUGGUGCUUUGGCUGACAGACGACGGGCAUUCUACUCGAUAAAAGAGAUCAGCAUUGGUGGUAGAUGUUUGUGCUCGGGUCAUGCAUCCCGCUGCCGUUACAGCGCACGACAUGGGCAUCAGGAAUGCGAGUGCGAGCGUCACACAUGUGGAGAGAGAUGUGACAAGUGUUGUCCAAUGUUCAAUCAAGUAACUUGGAAGCCAGGCACCUCUGGCAAGGGUUUUCAUUGUGAAAAAUGCAAUUGCAAUGGUCAUGCUAGCUCCUGCCGUUACGAUCCGGAGAUAGCGGAGAGACGAAUGUCCCUCGAUAUCCGGGGAAAGUAUCGUGGUGGUGGUGUAUGCAUAAAUUGCACGGAUCACACAACGGGAAUAAAUUGUGAAAAGUGUCAAGUGGGGUAUUACAGGCCUAACGGAAUACCAAUCGACGAUCCGUCUCCCUGUGUACCCUGCGAUCACUGCAACAUGAAGGGAAGCACUGGAUUUUGUACACCCGACGAGACUUAUCCAGGAAAAGUAGCAGGUGCUUGCGAAUGUAAACCAGGCUACUCAGGCUUCAGAUGUGACCAGUGUGCAGCGGGUUAUCGUCAGUUUCCUGACUGCAUGCCCUGUCCCUGCGAUCCACGGGGUAUUCUACCAUCGCACGACUGCGAAGGUGAUUGUUUGUGCAAAGCAAAUGUCGAGGGGGAGCUCUGUGAUGACUGCAAGCCCGGAUUUUUUUCUCUGACGCGAGAUAAUCUCGAGGGGUGUCUCAAGUGCGAUUGUUUUGGCAUGGCCACUGACUGCAGAGCUGCUAAACUCGUCUACCAAACCAUAUCCAGUUUGGAUGGCUGGUUAGUAACAGACGUGAAUGCGUCGAGGUCAAUUGUACCCGGAUUGGAUCCAGACAACGGAUGGCUGACACUUGCAUCCUAUGAGGUUGAAUAUGAGAGUCCAUUUUGGCUAGCACCCAAGAUCUAUGCCGGAAAUCGUCUGUCUUCGUACGGGAGUAAUCUCACUUAUGCUGUAACAUGGAUUGUCAUGCGUGGUGACACAAGCGGUAAACCGACCACUGAGCCAAACGUCAUUUUAGUGGGGAAGAAUGGAAUGAAAAUAGCGUAUGGCGAGGAGCAAUACGGUGGUCAGGAGGCUGAGAUUUCCGUGCCGCUUCGAGAGGAAGGAUGGUUUCAUAUUGAGACUGAAGUGAAAAAUAUUCAAGUGAGACCCAGGAGGACUGAGUAUGUGGGGAGGCCUGUUUCCAGGGCCCAGAUGUUGAGAGUCCUUGCUGAUGUUGAAUAUGUCAUGAUCAGGGCGCAGUACCACUCGGAACAGGCUGAGGGAAGCUUGGUGUCCGUGGUUCUACCAAUUGGUGAAAAAUCGAAUGAGGGAGUCGAAACAUUCGUGGAGCAGUGCACGUGUCCCGAGGGAUAUGCGGGAUUAUCCUGCGAGUAUUGUGCCUGGGGAUAUGUCCAAGUGAUUUUAAAUGGGAGUGAUCAUCAGGAUCAUUACGAGUGCAUCAAGUGUGACUGCAAUGGCCAUGCUGGGUCCUGUGAUCUUGUUAUGGGUGUAUGUACAAUUUGUGAGCACCACACAACGGGGCCCAAGUGCGAUCGUUGUGCACCAGGAUAUUACGGUGAUGCAACCAGGGGAAACCCAGAUGACUGUAAACAGUGCGCAUGUCCUCUGACCAUAGCUACCAACCAAUUCAGCCCUAGCUGUCAGCUGGACGAUCCUAGAAAUCCAUUUGGAAAUUAUGUAUGCACACAAUGUCCUGUUGGAUACACUGGUGACCAUUGCGAAAGCUGUGAUCUCGGUUACUUCGGCGAUCCAACAAAGCCUGGAGGCACUUGCGAGUCCUGUCCCUGCAAUGGAGGUACCUGCGACCAGGAAACUGGUCGGUGUUUGGAAUGCCGAGGGAAUACCGAGGGCUGGCGAUGCGACAGAUGCAAGGAGGCACACUAUGGGGAUCCUCUAGACCAAAGUUGCCUACCCUGCAGUUGCAAUCCUGAGGGCAGCAUCUCACGAUUAUGUGACUCAGUUAGUGGCCAGUGCCUGUGCAAGCCUCUGUUCACUGGUCGUGACUGCUCCACCUGCAUCGAGGGCUAUGGCAAUGUAACUGCUGGCUGUCGUGAGUGUAACUGUGAUGUGGGUGCUAUCACCAGUGUUUGUGAUCAAAUAAGUGGUAGCUGUGUAUGUGCACCAGGCGUCAACGGAGACAAGUGUGAUGUGUGCGAGAAGGAUCAUUAUGGAUUGUCCAUCGAUGGCUGCAAGGGAUGUCGAUGUAAUAUGAUUGGAUCGACUUCUUCGGCGUGUGAUAUUGUCUCGGGACAAUGUCUCUGCAAGCCUAAUAUCAUUGGAAGACAGUGUCAUCAGUGUCAGGUCGGUCACUGGGGCAUGACAAGUGGAGCUGGAUGUGUCCCCUGCGGUUGUGACACCAUGGGCUCCACCAACGUCUCCUGCCACCACGACACCGGGGAUUGUUAUUGUCGACCUGGUGUGGGUGGUGCACGCUGUGACAAUUGUUUAUCGGGCUAUUACGGAUUUUCAGAGAAUGGCUGUCAAGUGUGUGAUCCCUGCACAAAACCCGGCCACGUGUGUGAUCCAGACACUGGCAGAUGUGUCUGUCCACGUCUGACAUUUGGAGAGCACUGCGAUCGUUGCAGACCGGACUCAUACGAUCUGAUACCAGGAAUCGGAUGCAAGGCAUGCUCCUGCACCCUGGGCUCCACUAGGUCUCAAUGUGAUUUCAGUGGUCAGUGCCCAUGUAGAGUUGGCUUCGAGGGUCUCAGGUGUGAUCGAUGUGCAACUGGAUAUUAUGGAUACCCCAAGUGCAAGCCUUGUAACUGUCAUGCUGGGGGUACCAUCAAGUGCGGUGAUGGAUUGUGUCAUUGUGAUCAGAAUGGACAGUGUCCUUGCAAGGAGUAUGCCCUGGGGAGACAGUGCAAUCAGUGCAAGGAGGGAACAUUCGGCCUGUCCGAGGACAACCCUAAGGGCUGCACCGAGUGCUUCUGCUUCGGGAGAUCAACCCUUUGCCAUCAGGCUGGUCUCACCUGGGGCCAGAGACGACUCACCAGGUCUCGAUUACUUCGCAUCAACGAGUCUGCCAAUGACGUAAUUAUCUCGAAUUAUGGGUACUCUGUCGCCCUCCCGGCCUUCAAUGGCGGCUUAAACGUGACCAAUGGAUUAUCAAUAAUUCCUGGGAGCGGAGGUGACGUCAUUCUACCGGCAAAUCUCUAUUACAGUUAUCCGUUGUACUGGCAAUUACCGGAGUCUUUCCUCGGGGACAAGGUCGUAUCGUACGGUGGAUUUUUGAGAUUUAAAACAUCGGCAGUGGGGGGAAUCCCACUUAGAUCUAGUCUUCAAUAUCCAUUGGUUCAAAUUCAGGGGAAUGACAAAAUCAUACUGGAAUAUUACCAGCAUUUACCGGUUAACGACAACAAUUUCAAGAUCAGAUUUCACGAGUCCCUCUGGCAAAUUCAAAAUCGUCCGGACUACAAAGUAUCCCGGGAAGUGCUGAUGGUGGCCCUCCAAGACAUCCAGCACAUAUUCCUCAAGGCCUCUGACCACUCGGAAUUCCAGGAAGCCCAACUGCUUGAGGCUUCAUUGGAUGCUGCUGUACUCACUCCCACCCACACACCACCACUGGCAACGGGAAUUGAAAUUUGCGAGUGUCCAACUGAGUACAACAACACGUCCUGCCAGGAUCCAAGUAUCGGUUAUUAUCGGUGGUACAACAACGAAACAACAACAGCCACGAUUGUAAUCGAUCUGGUGGGCCAAGCGAGGCCAUGCCAGUGUAAUGGCAGAUCGGAAAUAUGUCACAUUGAAACCGGUUAUUGUCUGAAUUGUCGAGAAGAUACAGCGGGAGAAUUUUGUCACGUGUGUGCUGAGAGUUUUCAUGGGGAUCCGGAUCAAGGGGGAUGUCAGCCCUGUCCCUGUCCUCAUGCUGACAAGAGAUUCUCCAAGGGGUGUGUCCUGAGAGGUGGUGAAGCUGUCUGUCACUGCAAACCUGGUUACACUGGCUCCAGGUGCGAGCGCUGCUCCUACGGUUUUUACGGCUACCCAGGUCGCCCCAAUGGCACAUGCACCCCCUGCAAUUGCAAUCCAGCAGGUAGUGCCUCAGACGAGUGCGACGAAGAAACCGGACAAUGCAAUUGUCGUCCAGGCUCCACAGGAAGAGAUUGUUCUCAGUGCACAGCAGAACGCCACGUCUUCAUCAACAGCAUAUGCACCUCGUGCAACGAUAAUUGCACAGGUCUCCUCCUGGACGAUCUCUCCCAACUCUUAUCAAACCUCACCUCAGAGACAACCCACAUCGCCAACGGAUACAUCCCACCCCCCUGGGUGGAGCUGACAUACAUAAACUCGAAUGGAACCGAAUUAUUCAUGGAAAUCGAGCGAAUCGAUCGCCUAAAAUCUCAGCUGAAGGUCAUCCCCAGGAGCGACUACGAGACCCUGAAGAUAAAAUCUGAGAAUCUUCUCAAAAAAUUCUCUGAGGUGAGUGGCGCUUCGUGGGAGCUGAAACCUAAAGCCGAGGACUUUAAAAACAAUAUCUUCAGUUCUCACGUGGAAGUGAGAAAUCUGCGAGACCUCCUGGAGGCAAUAACCACUCAAUUACUGCAUUACGGAGACGACGUGAAGAAGGUAGGGAUCAAGAAGUCCCUGAAGGAGGCAAGAAUGAUUCUGAAUUACCUGAAGAGUGUCAAUCUCACCCAGAGGACGAUGGAGUGCCAGAGACUUGUGGAUGAGGCGGAGGACUACAUCGACUGGUUAAAUGGACAGCUGGACCUGGUGGAGCCCCUGGCGAGGGCAAAGGGCAGGGCCCAGAGGAUCCAGAUGAAGGCUGAGGACAUCAGACGCCUCCUCGAGAACAACAUGGAGACUCUCUUCCAAUACGACUCAUUAUUCAAUCAAAUCAAUGGAAGUUACGCAGGAGUGAAAAUUUUGAACGAUAAUAUCCGAAUUCUCACUGCUGACACUGCGGGAACAAUCGAGGAAGGGAUUACGAUGAACGAGGAGGUGAAAGGAUUCAUCCUGGACAGUCAUAACAACUUUCAGGCAAUCCCUGGGCUCAAGGAGAGCCUCGACAACUCCACGGAGAAGCUCACCAUCAAAGAGGGCAUCCUCUAUCGUCUGAACUACGAGUAUCAGGACAAAUACGUGACUAAAGCCGUAGAGCACUCCCAGAAUUUAUCGGAUUAUGUGGAUCGUUAUGUGGCCCUGUUCGACAGGACUCGAACGCAAGCAGCAAACCCCCUGAAGGCAGUCGAGGCUUACAAGAAUAUCGUGGAGAAUCUCCAGGGAGCGAGAGUGGCAGCAACUGCUGCCAAAGAAACUGCAUACGAGGCGUACUACAAGGUCUAUCCAAAUGGUCCAAAAGAUAAAUCUUUACUGGAUGCAGCAGCCGAAAUGUCAGAGUUCUCUGCAACUCAACUGGACAUCGCUCUGGGCCUGAAGGACCCUCUGGCCACUACCCAGUCGACCCUCCAUACUCAUCAGCACUCUGUCCAGGAUCUCAAGUCCUCUCUGAACUCCACUGGUAUCAGGGACAAUCAGAUCAAUAUUAAAUUGAGAGAACUGCAAUCGUCUGCAACACAGCUGGAGGAAACCAUCCAUGAUAUCACGUCCACACAUCAGGGCCUCCUGGACUCCAUUCAACAGUCAGAGACUCUCAUCGAGGAUUACAAUGUGGGGAUUCAGGAGAAUUUACUGCCCCAGUUGUCCUCGUUGAAGCAGGAGGGGGAUUCAAAAAUAUCUCUUGCCAGUGAGCAAAUCACAGAGGCACUGUCAAAUGUCAAAAAAGCUGACGCCAAACUCAUCUCCCUGGCUCACGCCUCCCAGAGGGGGCAGCUGGAAUUCUCCAAGUGGAAUAAAACCCUCUCGGAGAAGCUCAAGACACUGAAGGAUAAAAUAGCCGAGGCUAGAAAUACAGCUGAGGGAAUUCGAGUAUCACUUAAGUCUGCGGAGAAUAAAAAAUGCAUAAGAUCGUUCAGAUCGUCAACUAUCCAGCCGUCCAGCACUAAUAAUAUCAUCAUUACCCUGGCCCUCACACAUCGCAAAACAGAGGGGGCCCUAUUUUAUCUCCCCAGCAGUAUUAAUGACGAUUUCCUCGCGAUCGAGCUCUUCGAUUCUAAAGUGAGAUUUUUGUGGAACGUUGGAGGAGGCACUGGUGUGAUCGUCCACCCCGAGGAGUUGACGUAUGGAGAUCCCCAGAAUGACGAGUCAUGGUACAGAAUUGAGGCUGAGCGUGUGAGAAACGUGGGAAAAUUAACAGUGAGAAAACAGGUGUCACCCGGUGGAAUAAUUGUUUCUAAUACAACAAAUCCACAAUUCUCGAUGUUCGAUGUUGCCACGACAGACAGAAUUUGGCUGGGUGGCUCACCAGCCUCACAACGUCGUCCCUCUGAGCUACUGGCAGCCAACGGACUACCAGGUUGCGUUCACCAGGUGCUUCUCGAUAACAAACAGAUUGGACUGUGGAAUUUCAUCACAUCGGCACCCGAUAAAGCCUGCAAGGCAUGUGUAGAGGGAGUCGAGGAGACGAGAAACGAGUUGUCUUACAGUUUCAAUGGUGAGGGAUAUUCUGUCAGGAGCAGAGUGCCCUCGGGGCCCUACAAUAAGUACACGUUUGGUGUUUCCCUCACCUUCAGGAGCUUCGACGAGUCCGCUCUACUCUUUCUCGCGAUUAACGAAGAAACCAAUCAACACGUUAUGAUUUAUCUCAAAGAGGGACGAGUUGUUCUUCAGAUUGAUUACGGUGGAAAUAUCUCCCUGGAGAUGUCAUCGACGUUUAAAUACAAUAAUGGCAAUUGGACGAAGAUCGACGCUUUCAGGCAGUAUCAGUUGAGAAAGAGCAUUGAGAAAUGCUCAUUGAGUGUUGGAGAGCAUGAUAAAAAAAUUGGUGCACCUGCCACUCAACCGAAGAAGGAGGAUAUACCAGAUUUUUCAGGUGCCAAGUAUUACUUCGGAGGAUUGCCCCCCAGUUUCAGGGGGGAGAGACUUCUCUUGCCUCAUCAGGUGUCAUUCCUGGGGUGCAUGAGUAAUAUAAAUGUGCAGGAGGGAUAUGAUCCCAUGGCUGAGGUGUUCUAUGGGGUCGAGCCCUCGUGCUCCAACAAACCAAUGAAGAUCGUUGGAUUUUAUGGGGAUGGAUACCUGGAGUACAGAUCAUUUCCUCUGAAGAAAAAAUCUGGAAAUGUUACUGUAUCCUUCAGGACGAUGCAGCAGGAGGCUGCUAUUAUUUUAUCGACCUUCCAGGGACAGGAGGGACAGGAGGACGCUGUGAAUACUGUUGGAGGUGAAGAAAAGGAUAAUUAUUACUCAAUUGCUCUGGUGGACGGACGGGUACAGGCGAGGGUGAAUGCAGGACUGGGCGAGCUGGUGCUCCAGUCCAACAGUAGUUUCAACGAUGGAAAAUAUCACACUGUCACCAUCAUGAAGAGGAGAAAGAGUGUGGAGUUGAGGGUUGACGAUGCAUAUCAGGAUGCUGGUGUUUUGGCAUCGGCUGCUGCUGUCAGGGCACCUGAAUUUGGUGGGCUAUUCUUCGGGGGACUCCCAGCUCUCAUCAAUAAUACCAAAAUGAUUGGAUCUGUGGUGCCUCUUUAUGGUGCCAUCAAGGAGGCCAUCUUUAAUGAGGAGGUGGUGAGCUUUCAGGAGGCUGUGAGCUUUGAGCACGCGUUUAUUGGAAGAUCUGGACCUGUCAUGGGAAGGGAAACGACGAAUUACAUGCCAUCGGCAUCGUUGGCCAGGGGUAUGUCCACAGAGCCUGAGGGUUGUCAGAAAGUUCCUUACUACUCACUGGAACCUGGUGCAUUAAAAUUCGGGGACAAACAGCACAGCCAUACCCAGCUCUACCUGAAUUUUAAAAAAUUCUGGGAGAAGAAGUACGUCAUUGAGUUUGAUUUCAGGACGUACUAUCCCAAUGGGCUUUUGUUUAUCACACCUGGGAUCAAGAGGAGGCAGUACCUUAUGGUCGUCGUCAAGGACUCAAUGCUAAGUCUCGUUGUCAAGAGCAAGCAGAAGAAGGAGAUCGUUUUCAGGACACCUUUUAAUGACGGCAAUUGGCAUCGGGUUGUCAUUAGUCACGAGGAGAGGAAACUCACUCUUGUUGUUGAUGCACAGAGCCCCAAGGUCAUCAAGGUUCCAAGGAAGAUGGGACUGGAGUCUAUGAUGUACAUUGGGGGAUUGCCUGAGAGUGGAACACGUUUUCCUGAUCAGGUGGUGGCUAAACUGGAAACCCUUAAGGGGUGCAUCAGGGGGCUGAAGGUCAAUGGAAAUGUCUACGACAUGGUGGGCUCGACGUCGAGGCCCUUCAACGUCGGCCAGUGUUUUCCAAGUGUUGAGAGUGGUGCGUACUUCCAGGAUGACGCGUACGCGGUUUACAAGAGGGAAUUUGAGCUGGGAGCUGUUCUGGAACUCCAGCUGGAAUUCAGAACUUCUGAGUUGUCUGGGGUUCUGUUGAGUAUAUCAGCACCUGGAGGCAGCCCAUCGCUGUCGUUGGAGAUUAAUGCUGGAAAGAUCGUGAUGGCUGGUGAUCCUGGGGAUCGAAAUCCAACGCUGGUCGAGCAGAGCUUUGGCAGUGCCUAUACCAUUUGUGAUAAUCGGUGGCACAAAAUUCAAGCGGUUUACAAUGAGGAGGAGCUCACACUCAAGGUCGAUGAGCUAGAUCAGAGAUUUGGACUGCCUGCCGGUGGGGAUGGGGGAUUCCUCGCGGAGGCUGCCAGCUUUCCACUGUAUAUUGGAGGACUACCAGCAUCGGCACCUAAAGGCACUCUUCUCACUCGUGAUCAUUUCCACGGGUGCAUACGAAACGUAAUGAUCGGAGGUGAACGACGGGACUGGACUGACAUGGCGGAAUUACACAACAUCCACUUGAGCUCCUGUCCAGUUCAAUAAACCGAUUAUUAACGACAAGUAAAGGGAAUUAAACGCACGUUAAGACUUGAUCGAAGCCAAAAGAAGCUAAACCCUAACAAAUCAAUGUAAAUCAUGUAAUUAACGAAUUGAACUGAUGAAUGAGAGCAAUGUACAAUUGAGGACAGGGAUAAGGGCCUCGUGCAUUCUCCAGACUCCAGAAAAUUAAUAUAAGAUGUUUUUACACUUUUAUCACUGCCAUAUUACGAUGAAUAAUAAAAAAAAUAGUUUAAUUGCUCCAGAACCCAGUUCAUCCCACAAUUGUACAUCAGUAUUUAACACUAUUAUUUAUUUAUCGAUAAUUAUUAUACAGAGAUAAUUAAAUAAAUGAUCUUUUUAUAAGUUAUAAAUAGUUUAAAAUAUGUGGGAAUUAUUGCAGAAAUCCUGAAAAUUCCACGUUGAAUUCUCAAUUACAGAAUAAUUACAAUAAUUACUUGUAAUCAAAAAAUAAAUAUUUCAUACCAAAAUUUAUUUUUUGUCGACGGAUUUUGCGGAGAAAAUUGGGGGAUCCAUCAUAGAGAAGAAAUUGUCGAGAGGAAUUUCGAGUGCCAGCAGGAUAUUUUUUUUUCAGGAACCGCUACCAAUGGUACGUGCAGAAAUUAUUUAUCGGUAUCGAUGUGAUUUUAUUACUGCAUAUUUUAUGUACGUAACACUGAUUCAAUGCUCAAUUAUUAAUUUCUCCAAGUAUUUAUCUUAUAUUAAUUAAUUAAACAUAUUAAUAUGUUUGGAUUAAUUUUGAAUGAUUCGCGAACACAAAAUAUC